GUCUUUGCCACUGAUCUCAGUUACAGUGGAUAACGGAAACUCAAAGAGCGCCUCAAAGCUCCUCCAUUGCACCAACAAUGGCGACCUUUCCGACGCCAUUGUCGCUCUCUUUCUUUUCUUCGUCGAUCUUCCUUUCCUCCACCAACGAUAAUUUGAAGCUAUUCGGCAAUUGGAAACCUAACUCCCGUAUACCCCAAAACAAGCCCUUAUCGAUUUCCUCACAGCUCGCUACCCUUCCAGUCCUCUCUUUCGCCGGAGAAGAGGUCGGCAAGACCUACCUCGACCUCAAAUCCGCUCCACCGGAAACCGCCCGCGCCGUCGUUCACCGAGCUAUUAUCACCGACCAACAGAACAAGCGCCGUGGGACCGCCUCGACUCUCACUAGAGCUGAGGUUAGUGGAGGCGGUAGGAAACCCUACCAGCAGAAGAAAACCGGUAAGGCCCGUCGCGGUUCGAUGCGUACUCCUCUACGACCUGGCGGAGGUGUGAUUUUCGGGCCGAAACCUAGAGAUUGGUCCAUUAAGAUCAACAGAAAGGAGAAGAGAUUGGCAAUAUCGACGGCGGUGGCUAGCGCGGCGGUAAAUACGAUAGUGGUGGAAGAUUUCGGCGAUAAGUUCGAGAAGCCGAAAACUAAAGAGUUCAUUGCUGCGCUGAAGAGAUGGGGAAUCGAUCCAAAGGAGAAAUCACUGUUCUUAAUGACGGAGGUUUCUGAUAACGUACGAUUAUCUAGCCGUAACGUCGGAACGUUGAAAUUGUUGACGCCGAGAACGCUGAAUUUGUUCGAUAUUUUGAAUUCCGAUAAGUUAGUCUUGACGCCGGCGGCGGUAGAUUAUCUGAAUGAGAGAUAUGGAAACAAUUACGAAGAAGGAAUCGCAGACGAGGAAGAAGAAGACGAAGAAGGGCUGGAGGAGGUAGGUGAGGAUUCGGACGCAGCAUAAUGAAUCUGCCAUGUGCAAAUCAUGAAAGGAGCUUACAGGGCUUCCCUCUACUUUCUUCCUAAGUUAGGAGCUUCCAUUAGUAUUCUGAGUCUCCUAUGGCACUUCCUUUGUCCAUAACAUAUGAAAACGUUCCGAGAGAAAGAGAACGAGUUUGCAGAAGAUGAUACUUAAAAUGUUUUGAGUUCCUUGAGAGUCUUCCUAAAAACGGCCCCUUUUACGGAUGUUUUUAGUUCAACGAGUGAGGUUGAGAGAUUCGAACUUUUGACAUCUUUGGUCCAUAAUGUAUGUCUAAAUCGUUUGAGCUAUGAUCAGAUUGGCUAAAGUUGAAGACGGGAGUUGCCCGUAAAUCUAAGACAUGUAGCUCAAAGAUUGUCCGACCCUUUAUAAACUAGGAAAAAUGUGGCUUAUAAUAGAGUCAUGCUUAAAUUUUUAGAUGAUAA